AUAUCCGGAUUAAAGAGUCAUGAUUGCCAUAUUCUUUUACAACGAAUACUUCCUGUUGGGAUUCGUGGGUCCUUAAAUGAAGAAGUAUGCGAGGUAUUGGCUGAAGUCGGCAAUUUCUUUCAACGGUUAUGCUGUAGGAAGUUGAAAAAAUCAGAAUUGGAGAAAAUGAGAGAUGAUAUUUGUUUGAUAUUGUGCAAACUAGAGAAGAUAUAUCCUCCUGCAUUCUUUGACAUCAUGGUUCAUUUGUCAAUCCAUUUGCCGAAUGAGGCAUUGAUAGGUGGACCGGUUCAAUUUAGAUGGAUGUUUCCAAUUGAACG